GAAUCAAUUCUUCGCACGGAAUUCUGUCUGUAUGAUAUUUUAAAGAAGUUUUUUAAAUCAUAAUAAAUUGUGAUAACAAGCAAAAUUUUUGACAGUUGUGUAAUUUAAAUGGGGUUUGUACUGAAGUUUCCCGUACGAUUUUUGACUUCACUUAGCGGUUCAUUGAAAACUUCAUCUUUGAAUGUUGUGACGCCUGGAAAAUAUCCUAUCACCUCACCAAACUUCGUUCAGUUCAAUUAUGCUAUUCGUAGACAGUUUUCUACCUCUGAAUCAGACAAUUCAGUAAACAAUAUUGCUGAAUUAGUGAAAGGGAGUCGUAUUGUGCUUUUUAUGAAAGGCAAUCCAAGUGAACCACGAUGUGGUUUCAGCAAUGCUGUUUGUCGUAUCUUAGAAAUGCAUGGAAUUCUAGAAAAAGCAUGUAAAGGAGAUGAUCCAAAUCUUUUCGCGUCAUAUGAUGUUCUGGAGAAUGAAGAGCUAAGAGCUGCUGCCAAAGUGUUUGCCGACUGGCCUACUUUCCCUCAAUUAUAUUUUGAUGCAGAAUUUAUUGGCGGUUGUGAUAUUCUUUUAGAUAUGCAUCGUUCUGGGAAACUAGCUGAAGAACUAGAACGUCUUGGCAUUGGUUCUGCUUUAACAAAAGUAUCCAAAGAGGAGAAAACGUGAUUGUCUUUUGAUAUUUUUAAUUUGUACAGUAUUUCUAUUUUCUGUAUAAUAAAAGUAUACUAUAGUGUAGCACUAACACUUGGUCUUCAUUUUACUCUUAAUAUGUAGUUGGUGUUAGUGUCUCUGUGUGUGUGUGCGACUGUUUUAGGUCUUUGCUUGCAAUUGUCAGAUCUUAACAAACUAUUAGUUAAGUAAGCUCAAUAGCCAUAUAUUUUAUUGCAUGAUAUUAUAUUUUCUAGUUUAAUCUGCUUUGAGAAUUUUUCAAAACUAUGCAUACCUUAUUUUCUCAAAUUCUAAAAACCAAAUAUUGAUAUCAUAAGUUUCCGUUAUUGAAAAUGCACUCUUACAUGGAUUGUUCAUUCUGACCUUGUUUGACUAUGGAUUGAAUAAUGCAUUUUGUGUCACACCUUAUGACGAACAACGUUCAGACUAUUUGCAUGCAUGCAUCACUGCAUUUAGGUGACCAGUAACUUGAGAUUUUCAAAAUGUUUGUGAUGCUAACUUUCUAAUCUUGUGAUUCAUUCGUGAUUGUUGCAUAAUAGUUCAAUGUCCUAUUUCCAUUUUAGCUACGUUAGAUGGUCAUUCUUGUUAAGUUCAAAUCAAUUCUCUAAUUUAAA